AUGGCAAAUCUGUCGGAUCCUCUUGUGGUUGGGAGAGUGAUUGGAGAUGUAAUUGAUUAUUUCACUCCAAAUGUGAAAAUGACUGUCACUUAUAACUCCAACAAGCAGGUUUAUAAUGGCCACGAGCUUUUCCCAUCUGCUGUCACUCAUAAACCUAAAGUUGAGGUCCAUGGUGGUGAUAUGAGAUCUUUUUUCACCCUGGUCAUGACAGACCCAGAUGUUCCAGGACCUAGUGAUCCAUACCUGAGGGAGCACCUACACUGGAUAGUAACUGAUAUCCCAGGCACUACAGAUGCCACAUUCGGAAGGGAAGUGGUGAACUAUGAGAUGCCAAGGCCUAACAUCGGGAUCCACAGGUUUGUUUACCUUCUUUUCAGGCAGAAAGGAAGACAAACAGUGAGCACACCAUCCUCAAGGGACAAAUUUAACACGAGGAAAUUUGCUGAAGAAAAUGAGCUUGACCUGCCGGUAGCAGCUGUCUUCUUCAAUUCUCAAAGGGAAACAGCUGCAAGGAGACGUUGA